GCACUUUGUGAUGAUUGGAAGGCCAGCGGAAUACCGCUAUAAACCCCUCGACACCUUCCUUUUCCCAUGACCAGCACGCGGCAAGUGUGACUCGAUCGCACAUCAGGAAUUCCAAGAAGUAUCUCGUGGUGGUAUUAGAGGCAGAUGGAGGAGUUGUACGAGUGGGAGGUGAUGUGGCCGGAGGACAACAACGACGGGCCCAUCGGCUCCGCCAACAGUCACGGCUCGACCCGGAAGACGGCGCCGGGCGCUCGGAGUCCGCCUUCCUCGUGCGCGGCGCCGCUGGACAUCCCGAGCGCCCGACCAAGUCCCGGGCGUGCAUGCGGCAGCGGCGACGGGGAGGAGGAGAUCGAGUGGGCGCCGCCGCAUGUUGUGGCGUCGCGACGCAGCGCGGAGGGGAAGGUGGCAUUCUCGCUGUGCUCCGGCCUCGGGAGGACGCUCAAAGGCCGGGAUCUCCUCCACGUCCGUAACUCCGUGCUCCGCAUGACCGGCUUCCUCGAAGGAUGACCUACUCCCGCCUCGGAUCCAAGAUCCAAUGCAUGAAGAAGAGAGUACGGUGUCGACGAUACAUCUACACCUGCAAACAGUCCCUCGGUGCUCAUCAGUUGCGAGUCUUGUGAUCUUGAUCCUUAAAUUGUGUGCAUACAAAUCUCUAUCAUUCUUCGGCCUCCCUACCUAUAUCAUAAAACAUAUUAACUAAUGCAUAAGCAUCAGUUUCGGUA